CAUCGUUCGUCGUAAUAAUUGUCCGUGUCCUCGUUUAUCCAGUACCACUUUAAUUCUAUCAACACCAACCCUUUUCUUCCCGCCAGCGUCGCUGUAUUCAUUACUAGACUUUUGAUCUUCGACUUCUUCUGCUCUUUCUUUUCUAGGAGCAGCCCGAUUCGUUCCACGGAGACUUGCGCACGCGAUCGCUUCAAAACGCUCUUUAAUCCCAAGCUUUAACCAGACUGUCCUUCUCUGUUCUCCCAACUGCGACCAUGGCCAGCAAAGCUGCCCAAAAACGGUUAACGCGAGAGUACAAGACCAUUUCCGAGAACCCUCCUCCUUAUAUCACCGCCCAUCCUUCCGAAGCCAAUAUCCUCGAAUGGCAUUAUAUAAUUACCGGCCCUGAAGACACUCCCUACCACGGAGGACAGUAUUGGGGAACACUCGUCUUCCCUCCGAACUACCCGUUUGCGCCUCCUGCGAUUCGUAUGCAUACCCCAUCGGGGCGAUUCCAGCCAUCGACCAGACUUUGCCUUUCUAUAUCCGAUUUCCACCCAAAAUCUUUCAAUCCAGCAUGGGAAGUCUCGACCAUCUUGAUCGGCCUUUUAUCGUUCAUGACCAGUGAUGAGAUGACUACCGGCUCUGUCUCGACAUCUAGCGCUGAGCGGAAAUUCCUUGCUUCACGAUCGCGAUGGUGGAAUUCUACCGGCGGCGGGUCACAAGCAAAGGGAAAUUACGCUACAAAGGGCAACGUCAAGGCCGGUGAUGGAGGCGCCAAGUUCCGCUCAGAGUGGCCAGAGGUGGACGCUGAGAACUGGGAGUGGAUGAGGAAACACAAGAUAGACGCAGCCACUGGCGCAAAACCCGACGGUGACAAUGGUUCCUCUUGCGGACCACAGCUGGGCAUUGCCGGAUCUAGCGGUAACCAGGCCCAGGCUGUGGUAGAUGCUGUCGUCCAGCAGCGAGACGCCGGGCGAGGCUGGCUCUUUCGGAACAAGUUACUGGUCGCUGGUGCAGCGAUAUUCAUCUACGUACUCAUUGCGAGGCUGGUGAGUGGCAACGAAACCUUGGCAUAACUCUCUAGGGUUUGGAAAUUUGGAGUAUCAGAAGAUAUCCUCCAUGAUUCAGCGCGGGUUCGGCGCGGGUUAUACAGGUAAUACAUGAGACCGCCAUCGGCAGUUUAAAGAAUGGCGUUUUAGGUUGCGAUUGGGAAAUUAGUAGUAAUUGAAUUUAUUUUAUAUUUUUUUCCAGAUUGCAGAUAUCUUUCUAGGUAUAAAGAGACGUGUUUAAGGAUUGUG